AGGGUGCCCCGCGCCGGCGCGCGUGCGCGGCGGGGGUGGGAGCGCGGCCUCGGCAGCACGUGGGGAACGGGAGAGAGCCGGGCCCGCGGAGCCCCCGGCGCCGGGAGGGGAUGCGAGCAUGGCCAUGGCCCAGGCGGGGGCCGCGGCCGCGGCUGCCACGGGGCUCCUCGUCUUCCUGCUGUACUCCGCCAUCCACAGGGUCGAGGAGGGACACCUGGCCGUGUACUACAGGGGCGGUGCGCUGCUGACCAGCCCAAGCGGGCCUGGCUACCACAUCAUGCUCCCCUUCAUCACCACCUUCAAAUCCGUGCAGACCACACUGCAGACUGAUGAAGUGAAGAAUGUGCCUUGUGGGACAAGUGGGGGCGUUAUGAUCUACAUUGACCGAAUAGAAGUUGUGAACAAGCUGGCCCCAUAUGCAGUGUACGACAUCGUGCGGAACUACACCGCAGACUACGACAAGACCUUGAUCUUCAACAAAAUCCACCACGAGCUGAACCAGUUCUGCAGCGCCCAUACCCUGCAGGAAGUGUACAUCGAGCUCUUUGAUCAGAUAGAUGAGAACUUGAAGUUGGCCCUGCAGAAAGACCUCAAUGUCAUGGCACCAGGUCUCACUAUCCAGGCUGUGCGUGUUACAAAACCCAAAAUUCCAGAGGCCAUCCGAAGAAACUUUGAGCUAAUGGAGGCUGAGAAGACCAAGCUGCUGAUUGCAGCCCAGAGGCAGAAGGUGGUGGAGAAGGAGGCGGAGACGGACCGGAAGAAAGCGCUCAUUGAGGCAGAGAAGGCUGCACAGGUGGCCAGGAUUCACUACCAGCAGAAGAUCAUGGAGAAGGAAACAGAGAAGCGGAUUUCUGAGAUUGAAGAUGCUGCAUUCCUGGCAAGGGAGAAGGCAAAAGCUGAUGCAGAGUACUACGCUGCUCGGAAGCUGGCUGACUCCAACAAGCUGAAGCUGACCCCUGAGUAUCUGGAGCUGAUGAAGUACCAGGCAAUCGCUGCCAACAGCAAGCUGUACUUUGGCGACCGCAUCCCUGGCGUGUUCCUGGACUCCUGUGCCUUCCAGCAGGCCAGCCUGAGGACUGCCCACGAAACCAGCCUUCCUGCACAGGAGGCCCUGGAGACCUGUGGAGAAAGCCCCCUCAGAGGCGAGGAGAGAGCUGGCUGAGGGAGGCAGAAGGGAACCCGGUGUAGCUCAGCAGCGAGCCCGGCUGUGCCCGGGGACGAGGCCCUGUGCCGGAGGGGCGGAUGCAGCACAUGCCUGGACAUCUUGUGUAUAGGUGCCACUUGGGGUGAUUUUCUUCUAGCAACAGAUUGCAAGGGCUCUGCCUCUUCCGUUUCUCCCCCUGUUAAGUUGGUGCUUCCGAAGGAGGGAUAAUCCUGUACUAACAUACCUAUACUGGAAUAUUAAACGACAGACAGCAGGAAAGCCUCCCGGGGUAGGUGCAGUUAUUUAGCAGGCAUUACUCUGGAGGAAGGAGAUGUGGCUUUGAGUGCUGUGUUGCUGCACACUGGUCAUUGCUCAGUGCUCCUGGCUGAGGCUGAGUGAAGAGGUUCCCCUUGUCCUGCCACUGAAGCUUCGCUUGGUGAAGGUUUCUGCUGACGCUGUCUCGCUCUCCUCAAGGACUCCGGUGGAGUGGGCUCUCCUUGGCCAGCGUGUUCCUGCUCAGAGCGAGGAGUGCUUUGGUGUGGAAUAGGUUAUUGGAGUAGGAUCUGCAUAGCCAUAAUAUUCCUGUAGACAGCAGCACUAGAUAAGGAUUUGGAGGAAGCGAUCUCUGAAGGGAUUGUGCAACCCCCCUCUCCAAGCAAGAGCCUCGCACAGGCUGCCUGGGACUGACUGUGGUGUUCCCACUGGGUGGCUGAGUCUCAUUGCCUCCUAAACCAGAUUUCAGGAGCACCUCGGAGCAGCUGGUUGGGAACAGCCUGGCAAGUCUUUGCUCAGAUUCCAGCCUCCCUGUAAGUCAUUCACCAGAGAAAGGGGGCUGAAUUUCCACUGCUCUGCCAUGCUGGCAAAGUGAAGGGGAAGAGAAGAGUGAAAGGACCCUACUGUGCAGCAGAUCAGAUGUCUGACACUUCAGCUGCAAAGUAGGCGAGGCAUCGUUGCUCCUCCGUGCAAAAUCCGCUGCUCCAGCAAGCGGGACCUGCUUUGUAUGUCCUUGAGCAGCCGUGGCAAGGAGCGUGUCCCUGCUCCUCUCGUGCCUGGCCAGGCUGGCUGGCAGGCGGAUCUUCUGUCCCGAUCUGCGUUGUGAUACAUCCGACCCUGCUCCUGGUGUGCCGUGGCACGGUGAGGGGGAGAUGUGCUUGGGGAGGGCCAAUCUGCUGGGACAACCUGCUUUCCACUUUUCCUCCUUCCUACCCUCUGCCUGCAAGGAUGUGCUUGCUCCUAGGACCUGCUCCUCCUCGUGGUCUGUGAGGAUCCGGGCUGCGACGGCUGGGGGAGCAGCUGGCAAGAGCUGGAAUGCGGUUCUCCAGCUGGGAGCACCCCAGCUGCUGCAUGUUCAGAGACCUGCUCUGCUCUGCCAGCCAGGUCACCUUUGCAUCCUUCCUGCUGUCCUGUCCCCUCGGAGCAGCCGUGCCACCCUUGGAGGGUGGUGGCAUUCCAGGCACUCGGCCCACUGAGAUCUUCUGUGCCUGGCACCAUCUGCAGCCUCACGGCAAGGGGAGGGAUGUGUUCAGCUCCUGCCACUCAGAUAGGUUCAACCCAAAACAGCUUCUCCUGUGCUUGUGAUGUCCCCAGAGGAGGUGUGUGGGCUCGGGCUCUGCAGUGCCGCGUCCCCACCCCGUGUGGCUGGGCUCCAGGGAGGGCACUGUCCCUCCACAAGGAAGUUCAGUGACACACGGUGCCUGCUGCUGUCUCUGCUCCUGCCCUGGCUGCCUCUCCUCCAUCUCUGGGGCAGAGCAGGGUUGUGUUGGCCCUGCCCCUCCUGCAGGGUGUAAGACGUAACUGUGGGACUUUGCAGCAGUUUUGGGUGGUCUUUCUUGUCCUCCAUCUGCCUGCGAAUUCCCAAGGCUCAGUUGAUGCUCUGCUCCAGCAUACCAGCUCCUCUUCCAACCCAGCCCUGGCAGGAGCCGGGUCCAGGGCACCAGGGCAGAGAGGGGGUGGCAGUGUGUUUUGUAGUGUUUGAAAUGUCUCCUGGAAAUGCUGCUUGGCUUGUAGAGUGCCCUUUUUCCUGUGGGAUGGGCUUUGAGGAAGCAGUGGAGUCUCAUCUCUGCCCUGCCACGCGGCCUCUCCUCACCCCGGCAGCACCUGCUUUGGUUGGAUUUUGGGAUGAGGACAGGCUUUAUAGGCUAGAAGCACUGCUGGAGGGAAUGCUGGCAGGGAUGUAGUCCCUGUGAUUUUCUUCGUGUGUUACUGGGGUUGGACAGAUGCACUGGGCAUCAGGAAUGGCUGGGAUGGACAGGGUAGGUUCUGCCAGCCUGGAAGUGACAAGGGCACCAGGGGAACUGCUGGGAGCAAUGACCAGCCAGGUCACACCUCUCCUGCAGUGACCAGAGCAAGAUGUCCAUGCAGGGAGCAGGAAAGCCUUCCAAGCCAGUGCAGGAGGAGCCACUUCCCUUUGGAUCCGAGCCUUGCUGUGCCUCCCUGCGCCGUCCGGGCGGGUGCAUGGCUUUGCCUUAAGUGGCUGUCACUGGCUCAGUGUCCCUCCGUAUGCAUCAGCCACCUCCCCGUGUGGUCUGAGGGCCCCCCGGGGCUGCUCCCACGGUCCCAGGUCCUGCAGCAGCAUGUGUGAUGCUCAGUGCCUUCUGCAGCAGCCUCCCCCACCCUCCCUGCUUCCCCAGCCGCUGCCGCAGCAACCCCAGAGUGUGCAGGAGGGGAUGGCCACGGCUGUGGCACCCUGGCGGGGGCUGUGCUGCCCUCUGAGCCCCAGCUGUGAGCAGGGACACGGCUGCAGCCAGGAUUUUGGGAUUGAACUGGCUUUUCUCUCCGCUCCCACAGCCUGUGUGGGGCUGUGACUAGGGGGGUCUGCCCCUGGAUCUGCAUCUCCUUAAGGAAACACGAUACAUAUGGUCAGGUUUACAUUCACAGUGUUAAGUUCUUUUGAUAAAGCAGAAUAAAAUUAUUUUGUUAACA